AUGUGUUUUGGUCGGUUCGUAUCUAUCUAUUUAUUUAUCUAUCUGAAUGGGUCGGUGCGUGUCUAUAUUCUCAUUCUGUUCAUAUCUAUCUAUCUAUCUAUCUAUCUAUCUCGGUAUUUCCAUAUCUAUCUAUCUAUCUAUCUAUCUAUCUAUCUAUCUAUCUAUCUAUCUAUCUCGGUCUGUCCAUAUCUAUCUAUCUCGGUCUGUUCACAUCUAUCUAUCUAUCUAUCUAUCACACAACCAGACACACUUUCAGAUAUAAUCUGUUCAUAUCUAUCUAUCUAUCUAUCUAUCUAUCUAUCUAUCUAUCUAUCUAUCUAUCUAUCUAACUUGGUCUGUCCAUAUUUAUCUAUCUAUCUAACUACCACACACAGCCAGACACACUCACAGAUAUGUCUAUCACACAGCGACAGGCAUAAACUCACACAUAUAAGUUUUUCUAUCUAUCUAUCUAUCUAUCUAUCUAUCUAUCUACCACACACAACCAGACACACUCACAAAUAUGUCUAUCACACAGAGACAGACAUAAUUUUUCGAUUUUCGAUCUAUCUAUCUAUCUAUCUAUCUAUCUAUCUAUCUAUUUUGGACAUGAAUUUUACUUUCUUUCUGUCCGCUUUUCAGAUUUUCUUUCUUUCUUUCUUUCUUUCUUUCUUUCUUUCUUUCUUUCCUGCAUCGGAAACCCUUCUAGGCUUCUAUCUAUCUAUCUAUCUAUCUAUCUAUCUAUCUAUCUAUCUAUUUCUUUCUUUUCUCGAUCUCAACCUAUUUCUUUCUUUUUGUUCAUUCUCAGUAUAUUUCUUUCUUUUAUAUAUUUCUGUUUGUCUGUCUGUUUGUCUAUCUAUCUAUCUAUCUAUCUAUCUAUCUAUCUAUCUAUCUAUCUAUAUAUUAAUAUCCCUAUAUCUAUUUAUCUAUCAAUCUCAGUCUGUUUCUAUCUAUCUAUCUAUCUAUCAAUCUAUCUAUCUUCGUUCAUAUCUAUAUAUCUAUUUACCUAUCAAUAUCUAUCUAUCUAUCUAUCUAUCUAUCUAUCUAUCUAUCUAUCUAUCUAAUUUAGAUCUAUCUACCCAUUUCAUUUAG